CGUAUCGUGCUGUAUCGCAAUACCCUACACGCGGUUGGAAUCUCUGCUAUCUAAAAAAAAUCACUCGGAAGUACCAGGAAAAACGUGGAUUGCAGCGAUUCUUUCGCUACCGGUGAUUUUUAAACAAUGGAAAAUCGUGCAUGGCGAAUCCGAGGUGAAUUCCGUACAAUACGCGGACAGUGGAGUACGCGAUCCCCGAAGUCGGCUGGUUGGUUUCAUCGGCGGAGUCGAGCAUGGUUCGAAGAUGGCGAUACGGGGGUAGGGUUCAGCGAACGCUUCGCGAGCAAAUCUCUUCGUGGCCGAGAUAGCUAAAAUUUCGAACCGCUCCGUUUCUGAUGGUGGCGGGUUCUUGGCUUUUCACUAAUCGAGAGGGUGGUUCGCAGAAGGGAAAAGGUUAAAGCUACUAACACAAGUAUAUUAAUUCAGACCAGAGCAAACUCGUAUCCGCGGACGUCGCGUAUCAUUUUCGAGGGAGUCCCCUCCGAACUUUUAGCCGAACGACCGAAGGGAGUACUCGUCUUCGUUCUCAUUCUCGGUUUCGUCUGAAACACAGUCUAGUCAAGUAAGAAAGAGACUCUUUUCAGCAGAAAUUACGACGCGACUGAGAUAAGAGGAGAUUGUAGGAUCGACUCGAAACUCGCCCCGAACGUCGAAGCGUAGUCAUGGAAGCGCGAUACGCGAGCAAAUUGUAUCACGAAUCGUUCCCUCCGUUGUUUCGUGUAUUACUAUACUAUUCUCCGUAUCUCGGAAAAGUAGAGCAAUAGAGGAACUUGUCCGAUACGAUUCGCACCCUCCGGUACGACGAUCGCGUUUUCGUCGCGUCGAAAUUACUAAAGCAAACACAUAGCCAAAGAAAUCGUUGUCCAAGCUGCUGGCUCGGUUGACGGCGAAAAAUCUACAGAAGCGCGCAUCGUUUUCGAAACGAAACGAAACCAAAGCAAACGAGACGAAACGGGGAAUCUAUGACCAGAGGAGUUCACGCGCGGCACGAGCGAAGCGCUGUCCGACCGGUAAUUUCGAUGCAUGCUGGGUCGCCGCGUCGGUGUUUGCGAUCCAACGGUCGCGCGAACAACGUUCGUUGUUUCGCGAACGAGUAAUAACCUUCGAAGGAAAGGAGAGCAUACGCGUGCAACGAAGUCGUGGUCGUUUAAGACCGGAAGACGCGGCCCCAGGUAGUUAUUAAGAUGACCCGACGGGACGAUCGGAGCCUCAACAAUGACGAUGGACGGGAAAAAAUCAUGGGACCAGCUUUGUACCGAUGGUAGAGAACGAAAAGAAAUAUUCGCAGAAACAAUCGUCGAAAUAUUUGCCGAGGCCUUCGCCGAAGCUUUCGCUGGAACGAGGGGGUGUACCGACGGUCCGGCUCGACGGAAUACACUCGCAGGGGUGUCGAGUGGGGCGACAGAGGGCGGCGAGAGGGGUGAAGAGAAGGGUGGAAAAUCAGAGCGAUAUCGACCACGAAUUGCGCUUGCGUGGAAAAAGGCGCGCAAUCGCCGUCGAGGAAGCGACGUAUCGUCGCGGAGAAGAAGCUUUCGCAGUCGGUCGAUCGUCGCGGCGACGAGCGCCGAGCUCCGAGCUCCGGGCGUCGAGCAACGUCGUUCCGUUACGUUCCGUUCAGUUUCAUUCCGUUAGCUUUCGUUUCGUUUCGUUCCGCUUCGCUUCGCUUCGAUCCUCUUCGAUCCGAUUCGAAUUAAGUCGAAUCGAUCCGAUCCGAUCCGAACCGAACCGAUCAGAUCCUAUCCGACUUGAUCCGCAAGGCACCGUAACUCGACGACGACCAAAUCGUAACGCGACGACCGAAUUCUUUGACGGCCGGGCAAUUCGAGAAAUUCGGGCGAGCGCCGACCUCGAAUAAGCGACUGUUUCGUUCUAGUUGAAGAGGCUUGUGAGCAACUCUUAGAACGAAACGUCAGAUCCUAACCUACCGGGACGCGUUUACAGAGUCGACGCCGUCGCCGUCUCACCACUUCCGGUACAUUCCAUCUUUCCGUUCUCGGUGAUUCGAACGCGUGCACGAACUGUCCAGCAAUCGGAGCGCCACCUUCGGUCGGAGAUGGUUUUCGAUGAGCGUACGUCGACGUAAUUGACACGAAGGUUCCGCGACCCUGUCGAAACCCCUAUAAAAAUCCGACGAAACGAUCGGCUCGAUUACGCUCCAGCACCGUUCCCCCGCGUUCGUUCUUGCCGUGUUGCCGAUCGAAUCGCGAGUCACGCGUCCAUCGAAAAACUCUAGCCGCGUUAAUGAUUUUCGCCGAUAGCUCGCGGGAAGGAAGGCGCGACGCGAGCCGCGAGAUAAAUUCGCCCGAAGCGGCGAAUAAGAAAUCGAUAUCAUAGAAGCGUUCGCCCGUCGCGGGUUGCGUCGAGUAUCCAAUCGAGAGACCGAUAGACCGGGCCGCGCGACGCUACGGAAGAAAGAGACGGAGACGGCGGCUUUUCCGUCGAAAAGAUAAGAGUCCGAUAAGCAACCGUGGUCGAGUUACAAACGCGCCUUUGCCGACCAGCAACUCUCCGUUCCGUCGAUCCGUUCGUUCGGUACGCAUCCCGUAAGUAAUUCCACGGAUUUUUCGAUGCCGGCGACUAAACGGUGAGCCGAAUGGCGAUCGUCGAUACGCGAGAAAGCGGCUCGAGUCGUGCGACUGCGACUUCCGGGGCCGAAUCAACACAGGAGGAAGUUGAAUUGACGGAACUGUUGCCGGUAAAGCAGUCGAGGAUCAGGGAAAACGGAAUCUUUGCGAACUCCGUCAGUGGUGGUGAUGGCAACGCCGGUAGUGACGGUAACGCAAAGAUAAGCGGCGUCGUUCGUUCGAACGGGAAUGGAAACGCGAACGCGACAACGGAUGCUUUGAAAGCUCUUCGGCGCUUCGAUGCCGGUGAUCGCAACGAGAACGAACGGGAAUUUCAUCUGCGAAACUUUGCUUCUCGCGAAAAAAUAGGAGAUCGAGGAAAACGGGAAAACGGAAAGAGAUCUGCUCGAGUGGAAAAAUCGGUAACGGAGAGGAAAGAAAAAGGCGAAGGAAUCGCGACGAUUCGGCGAAAGCGAAGGGACAUUACGAGGAGGAGCAACGAGACGGUUCUCGCAAAUUGCCCGAAAAAGGGAAGAAUCGAAGGUUUCGGGGUUGGAUUAGUCCAAACGGGCGAACAGAACGAAAAGAAGAGCAAAGGGAAUAACGGCGGCGAAUCAACGCGCGAUCGAACUGUGGAAGGAAGCGAGCGUAGAAACGAAAAGACGUUCGUUUUUUCGGUAUUCGGCCAAGAAGAAGAUGCGUAUCCGACGUAUCAGACGUAUCAGACUUAUCCGGCACAUCCGACGUUCAACGAGAACAAGGAUUUCACCGCGGAAAUUUACGCGUUCCGUCGGGAUUCUUUGGAUUUGAACGCGGCGCUCGACCCAGUGCACGACAAAGUCGCGAAUCGAAUCUACGGGAACGAUUACUCGUCGAGCACCGACGGUUCGUUGUUCGACCGUGGUUUCGAUCACGGUUGCGAUCCGAAUGGAAAACGUCCGAGUUUCGACAUUGAGGCCGUUCUAACGGCCAAUUAUUUUCUCGAAAGCGAGAACAACAACGUGUUGCGAUCAAAUCCGGACAAGGUGGCAGAGAUUUGCUCCGGCUCUUUGAUACCAGCCUCCAAGAUCGACGUUUCUUCGUCGAGCAAACACGAGUACAACGAUGACAACGCCGAAGGUGAGAACGCAAGUCGAAACCGCGUUUCGGAAGGAGAUGAAACGGCGGGAAGAAACGAGACUCGUCGAUCGUCCUCGACGAACGACCCGGACAACGGGAAUAGAAGGGGAAGCGUUUUCGGUAACGAAAACGAAAGCGAAAACGGCAACAAUAACGGCAACGGACAGGAGGAAAAGAAAUAUUGCUGCGUGGUGUGCGAGUCCCGGUUCAAAGGCAGUGGAGGCUUGCGCAACCAUUACAAGAUAGUGCACGGAGCGGGACCGAUAUUCAAAUGCGACGAGUGCGGCAAAGAGUUUCCACUGAAGGAGAGAUUGAAGCUUCACGUAAGAACUCACACGGGGUUUAAACCGUACAAAUGUCCGGAAUGCGACAAGAGUUUCGCGAGGGGUGGACAGUUGGUGCAGCACCGGCGCACUCACAGCCAGGUAAAGCCGUAUCGUUGCGGCCUGUGCUCGGGCACGUUCACCUGCGCCGCGAACCUCGCGCUCCACGUGAAACGUCACAACGGCCAAAAGGAUCACAAGUGCGAGAUUUGCGGACGGGCGUUCGUACGGCGGGACGCGUUGAAAAAACACUUGGAAUGCCUUCACAGGGACGUGAAGUCGUUCCUCUGCGUGAUCUGUAACAAAACGUUCAAGGGUCAUCUGCCCCAGCACAUGAGGACGCACGCGCGAGACCGGCCCCACGGAUGCGCCACUUGCGGCCAGAGAUUCGCGCAAAAGUCUCAGCUGACCGUCCAUCAGAGAACGCAUUCGGGCCAGAGACCGUUCAGAUGUUUGGUCUGCUGGCAGGCGUUCGCGCAUUCGACGGCGCUCAAGCUGCACACCAGAAGACACACCGGGGAGAGACCGUUCAAGUGCGCCGAAUGCAACGCCGGCUUCACUCAGCUACCCCACUGGAAAAAGCACAUGAAGUGCAUCCACGGACGAACCGAGCCGUACGCUUGCAAACGUUGCAAAAGCUUCUUCAGGAUCAAAAACGAUCUCGAGUGCCACGAGAAGACUUGUCAUUCCGAACUCGAUUCGAGCAAUCCGGACGGUAGACCCGGCGCGAACGCGUUCUUCGACGACAUCCUCGAAAAACCCACGCCACUGCCACCGCUGCAGACCGCGUCGAUCCCACCGACUACGCCGACCAUCCAAACCACCCAGACCACCCAACCCUCCUCCAAAUACAGAACGAUGUCCGUCGAGAGGAUGAGAUUGUUGCUGGCAGUUCUACUUAAGAGAAUCAGCAAGCAAGAGCGUCUCGACGAACUCGGCUUUGGCAAACGAUUAAUCGACGAAGUGCUUCGAGACUCUUUACUGUCCGCCGGCAAGGAUCCGAUCGCGCGCGACGGUCUCACCGAACUUGAAACGCUCACUGGAAAUCUCGAAAUAUUCCUCAAAUGGACGGUACCUAAGGAACAUUGGGAAAACUUUUGCAAACUGAACAAGACACCCGAGGAUAUCUUGGAAACGCUUACCGCCACCUAAACGAAUCUUCCAUAAUUUCGUUUCUCUCGUCCCUUUCCGUUCCAUUUCAUUCAAUUCCAUUCCAUUCCAUUCCAUUCCAUUCCAUCCCCCUCUUUCUCUUUCUCUUUCUCUUUCUCUCUCUUUAUUUCAUUUCGCUGGCUUCGAUCACCACCUCCUCUUCCUCGACCAUAUUCCAAAUUAGAGGCUGUACACUUGUACACUUUAAGUUAACCUCGCUACAAGCUAGUCUAAAGUGCAACUUACAGUGCGAAUAAUUUGCCUCCUCCGUUCGAUACGGUGUGCGUAGAUUUCUCAACCGAUCGAAUCGUGAUUCGAUCGACCGUGGUCCUCGGUCGGUGUUACGGUCUACGCUCGAUAAAUGCUAGGUAAACGCACGGUAAACGCUACUGUUGUUUUCUUCGCAGUGCCAUACGCGUAAUCGUAUCGCUGAAUUUCAUUUAAGGUCAAUUCAGAGUCAGUAUUUCGCGUCCCGAGAUGAGAAACGGUAAGCGUUGCUCGACCAACCGCAGCGUUCCAAUCACGAGGAAAACAGCUAGAGUUUCAUCGUAAAACCGAAUUUUUCCGAUCGGGAGUGGAAAAUUCCUGCAGAUUUCUUGCCAUAUUUGUUAACGAUAUUACGAUAUUAUGUGUGUAGAUGCAUGGAAGUGUAUGCACUUGCGAUGUCAUCGAAAUGUCGCCGUUAUCGCACGUUUUUAGAGUACGUUCGCUUAGGUUCACGAGCUAUGAUAUUUUAUCCGAAUCGAAGAGGCUAAACGCGAUCCUAUACUUUACGACGUUUCGUCUAUUGCGAUAUAUACACGUAUACGCGCAUAUUCUUUCGACUGAACGUCAUCGUCCUACAUUUUGUGCCCGCGAGAACGUGCACAGGUACGCUUCGCGCGUUCAGAACUUGGUCGCGGCUCGUUAUUACCGAUAGCGUGUCGAUUUCUUUGGUGCAACGCGAUGCUUUCGGCUCGUACGGUUACGAUUUAUUUGUCGGCGAACUGAAGCGUAUCUGAAGCGUAUCGGAAGCGUAUCGGAACCGUAUCGGAACCGUAUCGGAAGGAGAAAGAAACUACCAGUGCGGCGCAGAGAAUACAGUCACUUCGAAGUUCGAACGUAGAGACUUCGACGCCGAAACCUCCUAAACCGAUUCGCUGGCUCUCGGGACUCGCUUCGUUUUUCCUAUAAUGGAUAUCGUUGUUCGCUAUCGAACGCUUCCACGCGCGUUCGCGUUUAUCGUUUCAACUGCUCGCCACGCAUUACUCCAAAGAACUCGACACCCUUUAGAUAGCGGUGUAAGUAAAUGUGAGCAGACAAUAAUGAAAAAGGUUACAAGAUUGAUAUACAUAUAUUAGUCAUUGAACAAAGAUAUAUACAUAUGCAUAUGCAUAUACGUAUACAUAUACAUAUACAUAUACAUAUACAUAUGCAAACACGUACUCGUACACGUACACGUACACACGCGUAUGCGAUUAUACUUACAUUAUAAGGUAAUUGUGCGAUGCGUUUCAGAGUGAAAAAAAGGCAUUUGUUUUCUAUUGUAUUGGUAUUAUAACCCGUAACAUUUUCAAUUCGUCGAUCGUGUUUUAAUAUUAUCGAGAAUUCGACAAGGUGCUAUUCAGUGUUGCGCAAUAUCUUAAACAUCGUCGAACCAACAGUCCACGCGUAAGAAUAUUCGAUUUGCUUGUAUUCGCGAAACCGUUGGAUAUUUAGUUCCAAAGAGUAUGAAAUUUCAUCCACAAUUCAAUGAAUUCGACGAAAAUUCGGCAAAACACUCGACGAGAAUAAAACAUUGUCGUGGAAAGUGGACGAUUGUUGCCGCGAACCGCAUAUCGCUUCGAAAUAUAUUCGAAAGAUCGAAAUCUACUUUUCCGUUUGUCGUAGAAAUGCAAACAGAGGUCGCGGUACAUUGAAUGUAGAAUAUAAAUCGAGGUCAAAGGAGAGUCGAAUGUAUUCGGUCGCGUUCGAAAGAGGAAACAAAGAAGGAGAGACGGAGGAGGAAAAGAAAGAGUAACGGAACUAAACGAAGCGGAUUUCGAUGUUUCGAAGAUAAGGUUUCGCUCUGGUGUUAUUUUUAAGUUACGGUGCCAAAGAAGAAAAAUAACGUUGUCGAUUAACCAAAAGUUGUCGGCGUCGUGUGCGCGAAAGAUCGCGCUUUGUUAUCCUUUACCGUUUCUCGCGUAGGAAUCGCGUAUAACUGUUGCGCGUUUUUCUCAUAUAUUUUCGUUGAACGCAUUAUCAAAAGAUUUAAAGUUCUAUUUAUUGUUUUCCAUUAGUGCCAUAAAUAUUACUAUUCUGCAUUAUGUACCGUACACUGUACCGUACUGUACGAUAGAACGGUGAUUCGAAUAAAAUGUUUUUUCUUUACA